AACUGUGGAUGCUGUGAAACGAGGCGAAUGGACCCCACUUAUGCUUGCUUGUGCUAAUUCUGGCACGUCAUCUUGUGAUAUUGUCAGUUUGCUUCUCAGAUUUGGGGCAAAGACAAAAGCUCAGAACAAAGAUGGAUGGACACCAGUCAGUCUUGCUGUGCGUUUAGGUGAUGAAAACAAAAUAAAACUUCUAGCAUCUGUUGAUAUUGAUGCACUGAAAAUCAAGACAAACAACCAACGAACCAUACUACAUACUGCAGCUCUCCAUGGUAGGGCAUCAGUACUACAGUUCCUUUUGAGCUCAGAGUGUGGCUGCAGGGAGAUGCUGAGUUGUACUGACAUGUGUGGUGUUUCACCUUUCCUUGACGCAGCUGCUAGUGGAAGCCUGGAAACAGUGAAGGUUAUCCUGUCAUAUUAUGAUGCCCUAGGUGACAAGGACAAGAAAGGACUGAGUGCACUUCAUCAUGCUGCACGCACAGGAAGUGUAUUGGUGAUUGAGUUCCUGGUAAAAGAACUAGGAGCAGAUGUUAACAGUAUUUCAGACAUUGACAGAGUGACACCAUUACAUGUUGCAGCUCGUGAGAAACAGAGUGACGUUGUUCAUCUUCUGAUGAAGCUGGGAGCUGACACUUCUCUGACUGAUGCACAUGGCCGCAGUGUAUGGGAUUACAGUGCAGCUCCCGUCACCUGAGUAAUGUAAAGGUUUCCACAAGUAACCAAGAGGACUGAUGACAGAACUACAGCUAUUACUUGGUACAAUCCCUCCAUUCAUAACUGGUUAAAACUGUGGUCUUUCUGAUCCAUUUCAAUUUUGCACUAUUGAACCGGUAAAUAAUACACAAUGUGGUGUCCAGUACAACAACAAUGCAAAUGUUGAAAUGAGGCUUAAAUUCUUGCUUCAGAGUAAAACCCUAGUGAUGAUAAAAGCUGAUGUUUUCCAAAACACAACUUCUUCCACAGCUCCUGAAUUACUGCUUUGAUACCUUUUAGGUACAGGAGAUAUUCUCUCACUUCCUUAUUUCACAUCUUCAUAUUUUGUGUUCUUGAGCUGUUACAGUUCAAAUACUAGUGGCUGUGAUGGUACUUAGAAAUUUUCUUCAUAAGUUGUGGUCUCAUGAAGAUAUACAGACAGUUUUCUGAGAUUAUCUUAUACAUCAUUAAUGUAGUUCUCUCUCAUCAAAACCUCUUCUUGAAAAGAUGUAUC